CUUCCGAAGUAACGUCACCUCACCGGACCUCAACCGGACGCAAAAUACAGCAAACAGUCCUGACUUACUGCGCUCAGCCAACGCGUUAAAAGUCAUGGACAAACUUAAAUCAGUUUUGAGCGGAACGGAUGGACCCAAUGAAAACGGCAACAUCUUGCAGGCAGCAAAUGAAGCAUCUACUUUGGGUUGGGGUACACGAGUGAAGGGAUUUAUGGUCUGUUUUGUGAUUGGGGUCACCUGCUCAGUCUUGGGGGCAUGUAUGCUCUUCGUCCCCAAAAUAGGAAUCCUCCUCUUCAUCAUCUUGUAUUCCUUUGGAAACCUGUGUUCCCUCUGCAGCACCAUGUUCCUGAUGGGACCAGUCAAACAGCUGAAGAGGAUGUGUGAUAAGACCAGAGCUCUGGCCACUACUAUCAUGUUGACCUGUAUUGUGUUGACUCUCUGUGCAGCCUUCUGGUGGAAGAACUUUGGUCUCGCAUUGUUGUUUUGCAUUUUGCAAGUCAUAGCAUUUGCCUGGUAUGGCUUGUCAUACAUCCCUUUUAUCAGAGAUGCCAUCCUGAAGAUAAUUACUAUGUGUGUGAAGUGAAGACCACAGGGUGGCCUGUCAGCUUGAAGGAACGACUGUGCCUCAGUUACAAAGGAUAACUUUCUGUUCUGAGCUCCAUGCAUAUAGUUCUGGAACUGAAAGGUGUAUUGUCCAAACCUUGGACACAGCAGUGCUGCUCCAGCGGGGGCAACCAACUCCUUACAGUAAAAUUGCACUACCUCUCUAUCCCCUUUUCCAUUUAAAUGACCUUUUAAUGGUGUUUUUUAAUUUUUAUUGAUUUGUUACAGUGUUGUAUUUCCACUAUUAGGGAAGUAUAGUGCUUUGGGUUUAUUUAGAUGUUUUCACAUAAUUUCUAGUGGAAACAUUUGUCUUACUUUUUUACAAUGUAUUUCUAUGUACUAUUGUGGGGAAAAUUGUUGGUGAUGAAGUAAGAACAUGUAAUUAUUCGAUACAAUAGUUGAAAGUUGUUUUUCAUAAGGUCUCUGAAUAUGCUGUGAAUAAUGUAUUCUAAAUAAAGGUUUAUAAAUGAA